ACCGUCUUGUUUUUAAUUAGCCAUGUCCAUAGAAGUCAUAUAUUUUUUCACUCGAAAAAAGGUCAUAUAUUUUUAUUUUACAGCAAGCUUCUGUGCGGAAGGGAUCGGUGGCCGAAGAACGCAGGCGGCUGAUGUCUCCUUUGGGUGACGACGAAUUAGGUUUGAUGCUGAAAUGGGUUUGUGACGGAAACGACAGGAAGUCCUUUUCCCAAGUCUGCAAGCACUGGCCGCGUCUGGAAGGUCUGACCCGUUCCUCCUUACGGAUACUUGAACCCGACUCACUGCCGACCAUCUUGCCCAGAUUCCCUAAUCUUCGCAAAUUCGAAUCUUCAAAGUUAGUCACCGACCAUCACCUACAAAUUUUAGCCCAAUCUUGCCCCAGACUCGAGGUAAUUAAUCUCAAUUUUAAAGCAACACGGAAUUACUGAUUAUUCGGACGAACCAUCGUGUUUCAAAUACGUCGGAGACGACGGUGCGCGCGCUUUGGCCGCUGGGUGUAGCGGGUUGUCCGAAGUUCUGCUCAGGAGAAGAAGGAGCAUUGGGAACGACGGAGUUAUUUCAAUUUGUAAUUCAGCGAAGCAUCUGGGGCAUUUGGACUUGGGUUGGUGCAAUUUAAUUACGGACGAAGCCCUCGAAGCAAUUUCUGGGGCGACAUGCAUUACUGUUCUGAAUCUGCAAGGCUGUUCCCUGAUCACGGAUCGUGGGUUAACAUAUUUAGCAUCGGGAUCUUCAUCUAAGUCCCUGAAAAAGUUGAUUCUGGCAGAAUGCGAUCGAAUCACGGACUCCGGCGUGUGUCUUCUGCAGAAAAGUCAUCAUUUGGAGGAGCUAAACUUAGCAGAAUGUGGGCCUAAGGUGACAGACACAGGAUGCUCUGCAAUAGCGGAAAUCCAAACUCUAAGGAAGUUGAAUCUGUUGUGGAUGGUUAACGUAUCAGAUGGAACAGUGAUUGCACUGGCAGAGAACAGCAAGAACUUGUUGGCCGUCGAUUUCACAGGAUGCGAAUUGAUAACCGGAGCUGGCAUUCGUGCUUUUGCCAACCAUGGAAGUUUGGAAGUUCUAGUUUUAGCUUCUUGCUACAACAUGUGUGCAGAUGAUCUAGAGCACACGGUUGUCAGGUGCAAGUCACUGAGAUAUAUUGUGCUUGAUAAAGGACUUAGAAUGUGGAUCCCAGCCACCACGCAAGACAAUAUUAGCAGAUUCUGCGAGUUGCAUUGGAGAUGAAUUCUCAAAGGGAAGCUCAAGAUGCUAAGAAAGCAAAGUUAUAUUCACGGAUUGGAAAGGAAGUUGUGUCUGCGGUGAAGAAAGGUGGUCCAAAUCCAACAUCAAAUUCAGUUUUGGCUGCUGUACUUGAGAAAGCCAAGGAACUUGAUGUGCCAAAAGAUAUUGUUGAGCGCAACAUCAAAAAAGCUUCUGAGAAGGGACAAGAAACAUACAUUGAGAAAAUAUAUGAGGUAUAUGGUUAUGGUGGAGUUAGUAUGGUAGUUGAAGUCUCUACUGAUAAAAUAAAUCGUUCAGUGGCAAAGAUUAGAGAAGUGGUGAAGGACUAUGGAGGAAAGAUGGCAGAUUCUGGAUCUGUCAUGUUCAAGUUUAAACGUGCUCGGGUGGUGAGUAUAAAAGUCACUGAUGCUGACAAAGAUCAGCUCCUUGCGAUUGCUUUAGAUGCUGGGGCUGAGGAUGUGAUUGAACCUCCAACUUCUGAAGAUGAUACUGAGGAAGAUAGGUUGGACAGGUAUUAUAAAAUUGUGGGCUCAUCAGAGAACUACUCAGCUAUACUAUCAAGAUUGCGAGAGGAAGGCCUAAAUUUUGAGCCUGAUAACGGAUCUGAGCUUCUACCGAUUACCACCAUUGAGGUAGAUGACGAGGCUAUGGAAUUGAACAAGGAACUUAUGAGCAAGUUACUUGAGCUUGAUGAUGUUGAUGCUGUUUAUACAGACCAGAAAUAGCCAUCUCUUAGCUUUUUAAAGCUGCUCAACUCAGUCAAGUUUUGACAUUGGGAAAUCAUACAUGUUUCAUUAGCAAACCAUUAGGUACUCUCUUGAGUUCUUGCUUUAUGCGGGGAUCUCACAUGCAUGCUCCUUAAUUUCUUUUUCUUUUUUUUUUGGUUGGCUUCCACAUUUUUUUGGUGGUCAUUUUGUGGUGGGGGAGGGGGCCAUUGGUUAUUCUUUCCCAGGACCUCACAACUGAGUUAAAGCUCAGACUGAGCAAUUGUGAUCUUGAAUGACAAAAUGUUGUUUAUAUGAUAAUAUAUUAAUAAAUGUUAUUCUUCAUUCUU